AGAACAAAAAAAAAUGAUUCGCCGAUUCGAAAAAAUCGAGCCCGCCGCGAGAUCCUCUCUAUAAAAAAUCCAAACGCUAAAAAUAAAAUCCAGUGCGCGGUGAAUAGCGUACGGUGGUAGUCAUCGGGCGCGCGAUCGGCAGCCGCGGCAGUAGCUCUCUCUCGUUCUAUCCGCGAUCAUCAUCAUCGCGCGAGACGACGACCACGACGACGAAAAAAGUGCAUCAUAUUAGAAAACAGGAAAACGACGACGACGACGACGCGCAGUAGCAGCAUUGUUCGAAGAAAUCGAGCGCGUAUAGAAGAAGAAAAAGAAAUCAAAAGGUUUUUAACCGACAACUGCAUGCGCGCACGCGGUAUAGUGAAAUUGUUGAGAUGAUAUAGUUUUUUAUUUAUUAUUUUGUGUCAUUGAGCAGCGCGACGACGACGACGACGACGACGACAUUUUUCAAUCGCCGCGGAGAGUCUUGGUCGCUCCGAGAUCUCGAGAGAGAGAAAAUUGAGUCAGCGAGAAGAUACGCGCGCGGUUGUUUAUACGACUUUGAUUCUUUAGAUAGAUAUAUACAGAGAGAGAGACGUUUGGAUUUGCCAACGUCUCUUGAGACAGAGAGAGAGAUCCAUUAGAUGUUCGUUUGGAGAACGUAGACGAUCGAGACUGAACCAGAUUUUAUUUUUUCAAUCGGUUCGUUUAUUUAUCUUAUUUUUUUCUCGCUAAGCUCGCAGAAAACAAAAGCGCGAUGUCGAACGAAAGGACAAAAACUCAAGAGUCGCCGAGUGUUUACAUCGAUGUCGAGAAAAACGGCAAGCAGCAGCCACAGGUCGCCUGGCUGGACAAAGUCAAACCAAAAAAAAACAACGACGACGAGGAAGACGACGACGACAACGACGAGAAGAAGAAGGAAAAAAUGAUGGACGAGGAGGACAGCGCGAGCAUCUCGUCGGAGUCGAGCUCGGUGCAGCCGGCCGAGUGCAGCAUGAGCGGCGCGGGCAACAACGACGAUCGGUAUCAUCACUCAGCUAACAGCGAGCAGCAUCGCAGGCAGCACCUACGGCUGCUCUGGGACCGCGAGGAGAUCGAGCGAUCGCUGGCUAGGCUGCCCGCGGGCGAGGCGGCGCUCAAUCUGCUGCCGAGCUUCACCCAGCCGGAACAGGUCGACGCCAUCGCGGACAAGAUCAAGGAUCAGAAGAUAUGGCAGUCGGACGAUCCGUUGUUUCUCGUGCCUACCUUCGCCAGCGGUUACGCGAGAAAAGCAUCGCUGCUGGCGGAGAACGAGGCCGCGCUGUCGUCGAGCCUGACCGAUCUGAUAAUCAAGUGGCCGAGCACCUGUCUGCUGGUGGCCACCUGGCUCAACAACGAGGGCCUGGUCAAACUGCUGCUGGACAAGGGAGCCCGGCCGAGCUGUCGCGACGCCGAUGGAAGAACGGCCCUGCAUCUGGCGGCGAGCUCGGGCCAGUCGGCGGGCAUCUGCGAGCUUCUGCUGGCCCACGGCGCCGAGCCCAACGAGUGGGACUUCGGCCGCAUCUGCACCCCGCUGCACUGCGCCGCGGCCGCGGGCUGCCCGCGCACCCUACGGGCCCUGGUGGAGGCCAAGGCCGACGUGAACGCCGGACUGUCGGGCAAGAGUCCGCUGCACUACGCCGUCCAGAGCAACUCGACGAGCUGCACCGAGGCGCUGCUGCUGGCCGGUGCCUCGCCCAAUAAUCCUCAAGUGUACACGGAAACGCCGCUACACGUCGCGGCGAGCCUGGGCCUCGCCGACUGUCUCAAGCUGCUGCUGGCGCACGGCGCCGACGUGCGGGUGCGCUACGGCGAGGCGCGGGUCACCCCGCUGCACCUCGCCGCGGAGGAGGGCAGCUACGAGUGCGUCCGACUGCUGCUGGCUGCGGGGGCGCCCGUCGACGCCAAGAACGCCCGGGGCCAGACGGCCCUGCACCUCGCAACCCUGGCCCAGUCCGUGGAGACCGUGGAGAUACUGCUCGAGGCCAGGGCCCAGGUCGACGCGCAGGACGACAACGAGCGGACGGCCAUGCACGCGGCGGUGGUCAAGUCGAUACGCAGCAACGAGCUCAUACGCGCCCUCAUACAGGCCGGCGCCUCGGUGGACAAAGCCGACAAGUUCGGCUACACGCCGCUGCACAUCGCCGCCCUCAACGAGAGCUCCUCGGUGGUCUCGCUGCUCAUGAGCAAGGGCGCCGAUCUCACGGCCAAGACCAAGGGUGGCAUCUCCGCCCUGAGCUUCAUCGUCCGACGCACUCCGGAGGUGCUGCCACGGCUCGUCAAGCGCCUCGAUCACGCCGUCUCGCUGCACGACCACGAGCUCGGCGACGUCGACUGCGAGCUGCGCCUCGACUAUCGGCCCCUCGUCCAAGCUUCCUCGUCGUCGUGCCAGCCGCAGCAGCAGCAAGCCGCGCGCGGCGAGAGCGACCUCAUGCUCUGCCUCGUCGAGGUCGGCCAGGGCCACGUUCUCAAGCAUCCGCUCUGCGAGAGCUUCCUCUAUCUCAAGUGGCUCAAGAUACGCAAGUUCUUUCUCUUCAGUCUGUGCUUUCACUCGGUCUACGUGGGCCUGUUCACGGCCUACAUCGGCCUCACCUAUCUGUGGGAGGUGCCGCGCGCCGGCGACGUCCUCUUCUGGUUCGUGCUCGCCUUCAUCAUGGCCCUGGCCUCGAAGGAGCUGUUCCAGGUGGCGCACGGCAUCACGAUCUACGCCAAGGGCUGGGAGAACGUGCUCCAGUGGAGCGUGAUCGUGAGCUCGGCCCUGGUGCUGGUGGAGCCGCGUCGCGACUGGCAGCAUCACGUAGCCGGCGUGGCCAUACUGCUCGUCUGGGUCGAGCUCAUGAUGAUCGUCGGCCGCUUUCCCAUGUUCGGCAUCUACGUGCAGAUGUUCACCCAGGUGGCGGUGAACUUCUUCAAGUUCCUCGGCGCCUAUCUCUGCCUCGUCGUCGGCUUCUCGCUGGCCUUCAGCGUGCUGCAUCGCGGCUACAAGUCCUUCAAGAAUCCACUGGUGGGCCUGCUCAAGACCAUCAUCAUGCUCUCGGGCGAGCUCGAGUUCGAGGACGUCUUCUUCGACGAGGAGGCGCCCGUGCUCUAUCCGGGCACGACCCACCUGAUAAUGCUGGCCUUCGUCGUGCUGGUCACCGUCAUACUGGCCAAUCUCAUGAUGGGUCUCGCCGUGUCGGACAUCCAGGAGCUGCGCCAGUGCGCCGGCCUCGAUCGUCUGGUGCGCCGCGCCGAGCUCGUGGCCCAUCUCGAGAAUCUGCUCUUCUCCAAGCUGCUCGAUUACGCCCCGAAGAAGCUCGUGCGCGCCUGUCGCACCGGCGCUCUGCUGCUACGGCUGCCCCAUCACUGCGCCAUCCACAUAAGACCGAACGAUCCGCGCGAGAGCCGACUGCCCAAGGAGCUGAUCAAGUCCAUCUAUCAUCUGGUGAGCGAGAGAAAGACCAGGCACAAGUACAGAUGCCGGGGCGAGUCGUUCAAGAGCACCUUCGACUCGGACGUGGACUCGCGCAGCAAGUCGAAUCAGCGCUUCUCGGCCAGUUACAAUUUCGAGCCGGACAGUCAGGCCGGUCUGCUGAACGAAUUGUCGGCCGAAUUGAGGGCCUACGUCGCGACGAUCAAUUCCAAGCUGGACGUCAUGCAGACCAGAAUGGACACGAUGGGAAAGGGUGGUAGCAGCUGAUUCGUUCGGUGUCACGAUUCAUCCAUUGUAAAUCUACGCAUACCUUCAUUCGUACACACGCUUCAAGAGUCAACUUACCAAUAAUUUAGUCCUG